AUGGAGACGGCCGUUGUGAGCUUACGCUCUCCUGACAUUUCCGCACGGGCCCCAUCCAGAGCAAAGCGAAAGUGGGCAGACGACGGCGACACGGCCUCCAAUAGUACGACCUCAGCUGCCCGGCCCCGAGGCCGAGCCAAACUCAAUGAGCCCAAAGGAGGCAUUCGGUUGGCAGGUCCAUCUCGCACGGAUGCGGAAUAUGCGCCAUCAUCAACAGGCUCUGCUUGUGCAGCCACCAAAACACAACAACCUGGAGUGGUGGCGGGCCUAUCAAGCCCCGGGCGAGUACUGGUACAUGGCGAGCCCGUAGCCAUCCCGCAACCUCAACCCCAGGCCUAUCCAGAUUCUCAGCUGCAUACCAGCAGUCUGUCAGGCCACUCUUCCGUCGCCAAAGAUUGCUAUGCCGGGACUAUUUCUCGCCAGGACAGCGAUGCCAUGUCGAUCGCUUAUACCACUGAACCUACGGCAUUCAGUCACUACUCCACCACGUCUGCGACUUCUAACCCACAUUUCCAGCAAAACCAUUGGCCUGUUCAAGGCCAGCAUGGCGAUGCCCUCGGCCAGUCUCAGAAUCGUCAAGUACCAUUGAGUUUGCCUCCCCAGUCUGUGCCACUGCAAUCGACUCAAGCCAAUGGCGCAGUGUAUCGGGGGCACCCAGUCUCACCGCAGCAACCGGGCCAGUUAAGCCAAGAUAUCGGUACCAACCUCGCAGCGCACUAUCCAACUGGGCAAUCAUUUCCGCCAGCCUUUCCGAAUCAUUCUUUUGUGGUCCAAUAUAUCCAGUAUCAUCAACCAUACCCUCCUGCUCCUCCUCCUCCUCCCCAUCAUUAUCAACAGUGCGUACCACAUCCAGCAACUGGGCAACUUCCCAUCCAGGCGCCACAAGUAUAUCCUUACCAAGGCCCGCAAUAUAAUACGUCGCACAUCUCAGCGGAUACCAGACAACUUGGGCCUCCUCUUUUGACGCCUGUGCAAUCAGUGGUUGAAAGACCCCAAUUGCCCGAGAAUCAUCAACAGGCUUACCCGUUACAGCAGCCUAGUCGUCAAUACUCCAUUGUAGGAACAAUGGACAGCACCAUGUAUCCUGGGCCUGAAGCUGAGGCAAGCGAAGUUGUUCACGUCCAAGACGACGUCUCGUAUGAGCAUCACACGCACAUGACCGAAGCCGCUGAAUGGCAAAACCCAAUGGAUUACAUCACUGGCGAGACUCAUGAAACUGGCGAAUUUGGUGACGGCAACUCUGAUGCUUCUGGAAUUUCUGAUACCAUGGAUAUCCAAUGCGAUGUGCAUGAUGACAGCGAAGAACAAGAUGACUCGCUGGGAACAGGUGAGAGACCGCAGGAGCUGGCGCCAUCUAUAUCUAUGAAAGAGGAGGAUGCUGCAUCGUCUUCGAUUUCAAAACCGAAGCGAGGUCAACUGAGCCCUACUCAUCGAAAGCAAACUGCAGAGACGAGAAAGAUUAAGGCGUGUACGCGAUGCCGGAUGCAAAAGAUGCGGUGUCAAGUUGACGAGACAGACCCAUCGGGAGACUGUGUAGGAUGCAAGACCUUUUCAAAGACGUCGAAAAAGACCAUCCACCGAAUGCCGUGCUAUCGCGGAAAGAUUACAGAUGCAGUCCUGUUCCGUGCUGGAGGGCUCGAGCUUACUAAACGCUGGAAAGGCACAGAGAUGAAGGACGUGGGUGACCGAGUCAACCCCAGGGACGUCCGCACCGUUCUUUUUACUCUGGGCAUAUGCAAAGAGGAGGUCAAGAUUGAAGUAGUCCAAUUCAGGCCGCAGUCUGGGGACGUGACUGCGAGAUUCUGGAUGGAUGGUGAGCAGGGGGUGCGAAAGAAGAAGGAUUUGGCGCACUAUUGCCUGGCUAACAUUCAGAAAACGGCAUCGUAUUUUGAAGAGUACAUUAAAAGGAACGCAGUGGAAGUCAUGUUCAAUGAGAAGGCAGGUGGGAGUGACGGGCCUGGAGACAUUCUCGAGUCGACGUACGCUUAUGCAAUUCGUCGUUUCCAACUUCUCCGAAGAAAACCGUCACUUCCUGGCAAGGAGGAGAGAGAACUCAAUCUCUUGGGCAAUUUGUUCAUCCUUUGGUUUGCCAUGCGCCACUCGACUGGGUCUUCGUGGAUCCAGGGCAAGGAAUUGUUGGGAAUGAAGCCCGAAAUAAGGGACGAAACGUACCCGCUAUUUAAGAGGGUUUCAGUACCACGCAUGAUCCUUGCGCAGUUUGACAGUAUCAACUACACCCGAAUUCUCACCAAAUACGGAAAGUUUGUCCUCACCGAGCUCGAGUCUCUCAUGUCGCGGAACCAGCCAGAAUAUUUCUUUUUGGUUUAUGUCUGCCUGUUUGUCCUUUUGCGAGAGGCGAGUUCGACAAGCGCAGACCGCUACCGUCACGCGCGGAAUAAUCACGGCCAAAGUCUUCGUUAUUCAAUCCCGCAAUUUGUAGAGAGCCUACAUGACAGCUGCAACAAUCUUCUUCAGCAUUGGCACUAUUAUAAUGCCAAGUCGUGGCCCAAGCCCAACGAAGCGGCUGAUAGGUUCAAUACUCAUUUGGCCCACAUUGAAGCGGCAGAAUAUAACCUUAUGAUGAAAGCGCUUACCGAUCCCGCAGUGCAGCAACAGCUGGAUAUUUGGAGACAUUACAAAGCGGAUAAUGGCCAAAUAAAACAACCUGCUCCAAGCAAUGUUGGAGGGAGGCCGUAUGAGGGCCGUCAGGUCUUUUACGACUGGGAUCACCCCUUCUAUUGGGUUUCGCAGCUAUUUGAGGAAAAUUGGCAGCCUCAUGCUACAUACCGGGCAGAAUCCGUUGAUCCGCUGGCCAGGUAA